CCCUCCCCACACACCCCCCUCCUCUCCCCUCCCCUCCUCUCCUCUUUUCCCUUCCACCACCUCUCUCUCUCUCCCUCUCUCUCUCUCUCCCCCAGCUUUUGUUUCGCCAUGCCUAGUCUAGUGGUAUCUGGAAUAAUGGAAAGAAAUGGGGGCUUUGGAGAACUAGGAUGUUUCGGGGGAAGCGCUAAGGACCGAGGGCUGCUGGAAGACGAGCGCGCCCUUCAGCUGGCUCUCGAUCAACUCUGCCUCCUGGGUUUGGGGGAGCCCCCCGCCCCCACGGCGGGCGAGGACGGGGGAGGUGGGGGGGGCGGCGCCCCCGCGCAGCCGGCCGCCCCCCCGCAGCCGGCCCCUCCGCCGCCGCCGGCGGCGCCCCCGGCCGCCCCGACGGCGGCCCCCGCGGCGCAGACGCCCCAGCCCCCCACCGCCCCCAAAGGGGCCAGCGACGCCAAGCUCUGCGCUCUCUACAAAGAGGCCGAGCUGCGCCUGAAGGGGAGCAGCAACACCACGGAGUGCGUACCCGUGCCCACCUCCGAGCACGUGGCCGAGAUCGUGGGCAGGCAAGGCUGCAAGAUUAAGGCUCUGAGGGCCAAGACCAACACAUACAUCAAGACACCAGUACGGGGCGAGGAGCCAGUGUUCAUGGUGACCGGGCGGCGGGAGGACGUGGCCACAGCUCGACGGGAAAUCAUCUCAGCAGCCGAGCACUUCUCCAUGAUCCGUGCCUCCCGCAACAAGUCAGGGGCAGCGUUUGGCGUGGCGCCUGCCCUGCCUGGCCAGGUGACCAUUCGUGUGCGGGUGCCCUACCGUGUGGUGGGCUUGGUGGUGGGCCCCAAGGGGGCAACCAUCAAGCGCAUACAGCAGCAGACCAACACGUACAUUAUCACACCAAGCCGCGACCGCGACCCGGUGUUUGAGAUCACGGGGGCCCCGGGAAACGUAGAGCGUGCGCGCGAGGAGAUCGAGACGCACAUCGCCGUGCGCACCGGCAAGAUCCUCGAGUACAACAAUGAAAACGACUUCCUGGCGGGGAGCCCCGACGCAGCGCUGGAUAGCCGCUACUCGGAGGCCUGGCGGGUGCACCCGCCCGGCUGCAAGCCGCUCUCCACGUUCCGGCAGAACAGCCUGGGAUGCAUCGGCGAGUGCGGAGUGGACUCCGGCUUUGAGGCCCCGCGCCUGGGCGAACAGGGCGGGGACUUUGGCUACGGCGGCUACCUGUUUCCGGGCUACGGCGUGGGCAAGCAGGACGUGUACUACGGCGUGGCCGAGACCAGCCCCCCGCUCUGGGCGGGCCAGGAGAACGCCACGCCCACCUCGGUGCUCUUCUCCUCCGCCUCCUCCUCCUCCUCCUCUAACGCCAAGGCCCGCGCGGGGCCCCCGGGCGCCCACCGCUCUCCUGCCGCCUCCGCAGGGCCCGAGCUGGCGGGCCUCCCGAGACGGCCGCCCGGAGAGCCGCUCCAGGGCUUCCCCAAACUCGGCGGGGGCGGCCUGCGGAGCCCCGGCGGCGGGCGGGAUUGCAUGGUGUGCUUCGAGAGUGAGGUGACUGCCGCCCUCGUGCCCUGUGGACACAACCUGUUCUGUAUGGAGUGUGCAGUACGCAUCUGCGAGAGGACGGACCCGGAGUGUCCCGUCUGCCACAUCACAGCCACGCAAGCCAUCCGAAUAUUCUCCUAAGCCCCUUGUCCCGUGCCUCCUGGGGCCACUCCCCAGGGGCCUGCCCUGGCGCUGUUUUUCACCAGGGCCUUUUGGAAAUCAGUGAUUUGAGGGGCAAGGUGCUUAGAGAUACUCGCUCGCUGGGGAAGGGGGUGGGGGAGGCCAUGGUGGCUGGAGGGUGGGCCACUUUCAGAGCCUCUGGUCACCCUGUCCUGGAAAGGGUGGGAGGGGGCCAGACCGGAAAUUUUACUAGAGUUACAACUCUGAUACCUCAACACACCCUUCAAUCUGGAAGCAGCUAAGAGAAACUUGUUUUGCCAGAGGUGGCCGCUAAGGCAUCCCGACCCCCUCUGCCCACCUCCCCCUCUGUGUGUCACAGUACCCCCUCCUCUGUGGAAGGGGUGGGGAAGGGAGAGGGAGAAUCACCAUCUGUAUCUAGAGGUGCUCUUUACAAUCCCCAAGACCUCUGGACCUGACCUCCGACCUCCUACAUGACCCUUUAGACUCUGCACCGCCAUAUCCUGUUUGGGAAUUCGUUCCUGAGUCUCAAACAGUAUAAGGGAGUUGGAGCCUUUUCAGAAUUCUGUGUAGACUUUGGGGUGGGAGGAAGCUUGUCAAUCAAAAAGGGCUCAGAACUCAUCUGUCCCCACAAAGCUGGGCUAGAGGAAUCUGGAGAGGGUCACUCCUCUGUCCCUUGGGCUUGCCCUUCGUUCUGUCCCCCGCCUCCCUCCCUUUGGGUUCUGCUUUCUCCACCCUUUCCCCAGCUCUUCUCUUUGCUUCGCCGCGGAGGCUGUCACUCACAGCCCUGUACUGCUCUUCCCUUCUCCCCUCUCCCUUCUGCCCCUUCCAGCCCAGCUUUGGGGACAUACUUCCCCUGGGGAGAAGUAGGGGGAAGAACAUUUUGGUGGUCCCCUGAUUCCUCUUCUGGCCCCUGGGGGGGGCCCUCUCUCCCACUUCUCCAAAGAAACACCUCGAAUUCUUGAUAGAAUGUAUCCCCAUUCUCAGUGACAGUUUGAGGAGGGGACUGAUAUCGGGGUACAUAAAGUGUCGAACCUCCACCUUUCUCAUCUCUGGGCAUUACAUUUAGGGAGCAGUUCUUGAGCUGGAUUUUCUGGUGGUGGGAGGGUUGAGCCAGGGUAGUGUGUGUGCUGUUUCAAGGAGCAGGAAAGGGCCUGAGGCAGGAGGAGAGGUGGUGGAGGGAAGGGCUGCCUCUCCCCCACUUCAGUGCCCCACUCCCUGCGCCCCUCUCUGGACUUGACCCGAACCCUUAUUAGUGAGCAAAUGAUGAAGUCUCUGUUCCUACCCUUUGUGGUCGAGGGGAGAGGCCAGGUGUCCAGAGAGGGUCAGUUCAGGGCCAGGCAGGAUCGGGGUGUGGCAGGGCCUGUUCUGAGAAUCGUGUACUGUUCGCAGGGCUCGUACCCCCUUUGCUGCUCACCCACUGCUCCUAGAGCCGCCACCAGCCUUCCACUCCCCUGGUUCCGCUGGCCGGACCAGGAGAGGUUGGAGAUGGGAGUUCCCGGGGGUCCCAGGAGAUUCUUGUAUAUAGUGGGGUGGGACUGUUCAAGUGAUCUCUGAGCACUUAAGCUCCGAAGUCCCAUUCUUCCUGGAUGGAGAGGGGGUGCAGGGAUGGGAGUAUAGAGGGGAUUUCCUCCUCUCCUUCUGUUGUGAAUUAACUCCCCUCUCCUCAGCCUUUCCCUCCAGACCACCAGCCAGGGAGAGGAGAGGAAAGAGGUCACAGCCAGGAAAACUGGCUUGCGACGCCUUCCCUCCUUCCCACCAAUGUGAGCCAUCCUGAGAUGUCUGUACAAAAGAAACCAAACCAAAUGGGCACCCUCGGUCACCGAGGGGGGUGGGGAGGGGGGUGGGAAGAAGGAAUGUCUGUCUGUCAAUCCCCCUCCCCCUCUCCACUCCUUACCCACAAAGGCAGAAGACUGUUACUCUAGGGGGCUUAGAAAUUCAAUCCCACCCUUACAGAUUGAGCCAAACCUAGAAACAAACAAAACUCACAAAGACACAAAAGAAAGGAGAGAAAGAGAGCGUGAGAGGGAGCGAGAUAGGCGACCAACAGAGAGGAGAGAAAACAAAAAUAGCAAAAAAAAAAAAAAAAAAAAAAACAGUUCUUUAUAAUUUAAUAUUCUAUUUUAAUAAAGGCGUUUAUUACCGUAUAAAUGUAGCAAAGAACCUGGGCUAAUAUGAAAAAAAAAAAAGACUUUUUAUUAGGUAAUUUAUUAUAUGAAAAGGAUAUUUUAUUUUAUGAUAAAGUGAUCCUUAAAAAAAAUAAAAAAACUUUAGAAGGCUUAGAAUAUAUGUAGGGAGAGAAGAAGAAAAAAAUACAUUUGUAUUCAGAGUUAAAUCUUAAAGAAGUGUUUUUAAUAUAUGUUCGGGUUUACGUUCCUUUUUUCCCCUACUUUUUUUUGGGGAGGAAUGUCAUUUGCUUUUGGGGGGAGCAUCCUGGGAUGGAUGGUGGAGAAAGGGGCUAGGGGAACCGGUCCCCCUGGGGCCCUGCAAGUAGAUGGGAUUUCACUCUGGGCUCCCGUCCCCUCUCCCCUUCCCCCUCAGGGCGGGGAGCCGGCAGAGCUGAACAAAGAAAGGGAUUAACAAGAAAGGAAGAAGUAGGACUGAGGAUCCCUGGUGCCCCCCUUCCCCUGCCCCAUCUCGGGGGCUCAAAAGGAGGGGAAGCUCAGAACUGAGGCCUAGCAGGCCUACGGGACCCCUCAGAGAGGUGUGAGAUUUAAGAGAAAUAGUUUUGUUUUGUUUAACCAAAAAUGAGAGAGAGAGAGGAGAAAAGAAACCGAAGGGUUUAAAAGAAAAGAAUACUACAAAAUAAUAAUUAUUAAUAAUAAUUCAAAUUUAUUUCAUAUAAUCCUAGAGAAAAAGAAAAUAACUAGUUACUUAGUAGAUGAUAUUCAGAUAGCUUAAAGUUUAGUAGCAUUGCGGGCCCCUGGGUCCAGUAGAAUGUAUAAAAGUUGUAAUGAAAAGGAAAAUAGAGGAGAGAGGUGGCUGAAUCCACCCUGAGUCACCCGUCUUCAGAUAUCUGGAUGGGAGCAGGUUGCUAUUUAAGGCUGGGAACUUCCAGUCUGCUGGGGUUGAUUCUGAGAAUCCUUUAAUUUUUUAAUUGUAGGACAAAUAAAUACAUGAGGGGUUCAGUUGCCAGGGUCUUUGAAAGGCUGGACAUUGAUAAUUUCACCCAGAUGGGAGCUGGGCUGGGGGCAGCAGAGGAGGGUGAGGGCUCUUGUCUGCAGCCUGCGCCCCUCCUCUGUGCCCCAGUCCGUGGGGGCCUGUUAUCCUGUCAAUCCCUCUGUGCCUGUUGGGCAGCCCUUACUCAAAAGUGUCCUCUCCCCCAGCUCAAACCUCCAGAGCUAGCUUCUCCCAGGCCUAAUUGAGGAAGUCCUUAAAGUGUCACCUUAACCACUUCAAAGAAUGAUUCAAGAGCCUGAUAGGGCAUUCCACAGAGAGACGCGCACUUCUCACCUCAGAGCUUCAAGGGGACUGAGGGAGUCUGUCCCCCAUCCAUGUUCCCACCCAAUAUCCCACUUAGCUCUUGGCCUUCAUAGCAGCAGUGGGUGUAACAAUCUCAAAAAAUCUUUAAAACCACACUGUGCUUUACAGGUUUGCAAAGUGCUUUAUUGUCUCAUAGAAGUUAGAUUCCAAGAAGGACUUCCCACCUGCUGGGGUGGAGAGGAGGAGAUGUCCUUGAAGGCCUGGGAGAACAGGGCCCCCAAGGGUAUUAAGGCAAGGGGAGGGCAGUAGGGACUCUGGAUGACCCUGACCCUAACCCUCUGCUCCAAUCCACCUCCAUCUGUAAGUGACACAGGUAGGGGUCAUCUGUGUCCUGGCCUGGGGGCACAUCACCCUCCCCACAAAAAAUGGGGAGCUUGGUAUUUUGCAUGCAUUAUAUUUAAAGCACUUGGCUUCUACCAAGCCCAGCCUGCAAUCAGAUCAGGCCCCUCCUUCCCAUCCAAGGGGGAGCAGAGGUCCCUCGCUCCUUUUGGCAAGAGGAGCCUGCUCCGUUAUACCAGUGACUGUCAUGCCCCUCUUUGGUCCUAGACCCCAAACACAUCUCCCUCUCCCCAGUUUACUCUUCUCACCCCACCUAGGGACAGAUUUACCCCCUGCUCUUUUUCUCCUAGAAACCCCGCUAGUUUGGGAAGGUAGCGUCUGGGGUGGGGAGGGCUUCCCUUUCCCCCGCUCAAGGGUGCGGGUGGGGUAGGGUGGGUUGGGGGAGACAGCCCUGGGGCAGGGGGGAUGUUCUCUCCACUGUAGAAAGUAGAGUAGGAUUGUGGUCAGACUUAAUUUGAGGCAUCUAGUGAAGACACAUAUGAAUCCACCAAGGAAAAAUACUUCAAAAGCAAAAUAAAGGCGGGAAACAAAACGGACCCAUAAAUAAUCCAGUCAAAGUGAUGUUGCACAAAAUGCAGAGAAACCAAGAAAGGGGAGGGUUAAUGUAUUAAAUGUGCUAUUAAGAACUUAAUUUUAUUAAAAGUAUUAUUACUUAA